AUGGCGUCGGCAGUGAGAGACACGGUGUCCAACCUUGUGGGCAAGAUGAGCAUUCAUUCCAAGGAGCCGUCGGUAGAAGAAAUCGCUCAGCUACAAAAUAAAUAUAGCCAAGCUGGACAAGGCCAGGUUUUCACUUUCUUCAACGAGCUCAACUCAUCUGAGAAAGCACAGCUCUUCAACCAGUUGUCUACCUUUGACCCCGAGCGUAUCAAUGUCCUUGCUACCCGUGCGACUCAGUCACAAACAGCUAAUACCGAAUCCGCUUCCGGAAAGCUCGAGCCUCUACCUGAAAAUGCAACCGCAUCGAUUCUUGAUUCCGACCCCGCUGACAUUUCACGAUGGUACGAGGAAGGCAUGAAGCUGAUUGCCGAGAACAAGGUUGCUGUCGUGCUCAUGGCCGGCGGGCAAGGGACAAGACUGGGGAGUUCUGCGCCAAAAGGGUGCUACGAUAUCGGACUACCAAGCGGAAAGUCCCUAUUCCAAAUACAAGCCGAGAGAAUUGCAAAGCUACAGUCUUUGGCAGAGUCUAGUAGCAAAACACAAGGAGUAACAAUUCCUUGGUAUGUGAUGACUAGUGGGCCUACUCGCAGCCCGACACAGGAGUUUUUCCAGAAACAUGAUUAUUUCGGGUUGAAAAAGGAGAACGUGGUUAUUUUUGAGCAAGGCGUCUUGCCAUGCAUUUCAAAUGAUGGAAAGAUUCUGAUGGAAAGUAAAUCUAAGGUGGCUGUUGCACCUGAUGGGAAUGGGGGUAUCUAUCAAGCUCUCCUGACCGCGGGUGUUCGAGACGAUAUGAAAAAGCGUGGUAUUCAACAUAUUCACGCGUAUUGCGUAGAUAAUUGCCUUGUCCGUGUUGCAGACCCCGUCUUUAUUGGAUUCUCGGCUUCAAAAAAGGUCGAUAUCGCCACAAAGGUGGUUCGAAAGCGGAACGCCACAGAAUCUGUCGGACUUAUUCUCCUGAAAAACGGAAAGCCAGACGUGGUUGAAUAUUCUGAGAUCGACAAAGAAACUUCAGAAGCCAAAGACAGCAAGAAUCCUGCAAUUUUAAAAUUCCGGGCAGCAAACAUUGUUAACCAUUAUUAUUCGUUUGCUUUUUUCGAGGCGAUUGAGAGCUGGGUUUCGGAUCUCCCGCAUCAUGUGGCUCGUAAGAAGAUUCCCUGUGUUGAUAUCGAGACUGGGGCCCCAAUAAAACCCCAGAGCCCCAAUGGCAUCAAACUUGAACAAUUUGUUUUCGAUGUUUUUCCCAUGACACCCCUCCAAAAAUUUGCUGCGAUUGAAGUCAAGCGCGAAGAUGAGUUCUCUCCCCUCAAAAAUGCUAGGGGAACUGGCGAGGACGAUCCAGAUACCAGCAAGAAGGACAUCAUGAGCCAGGGACAACGAUGGGUCGAAGCGGCCGGUGGAAUUGUUACACCGGAGUCUGCAGAUUCCCCUGGUGUUGAGGUGUCACCUUCUGUUAGCUAUGGAGGAGAGGGGUUGGAGUUCUUGAAAGGAAAGACGAUCAAAUCCCCGGCCGUAUUUGAAAAAGAGGAUGCCUAA